UGCCCUCUUAACAAAUGACUGUCAAAUAGAUCUGCAAGGGGUUCUACAUUAGAUGAAAAUCGUUGGAUUGAAAAAAGAACUCAAUCUGGAGUUGUUGAGGGGAAAAAAAAAAGAGCAUUUUUGUGUUUAUGACAAAGACAAAUGGCACAGGAGUCACAAAGACCUGCACUCCAGUCAGUACCACCACUUGUCAUGUGACCUUGGACAAGUCACUUGUUUCCUUUCCUAGUCUUUAACUCUUUAAGAGAUUUAAGUCUUCACUGGUUGCCCAUUUCUAAAAUGGAGACGGUAUAAUUCCUACCCUGCCUGCCUUGGUGGCCGUGGUGAGGUCAAAUGGUUUUGCACGUGGAAUAUCAUGCAGCACACCAGGGUUGGAACAAUAACAACAACAACAACAACAAUAAUAAUAUAAUGUGUGAGACAAGGAGUGCAAUAGAGGAGGAGCAGCAAUCCCAAAGCCCAGGUCUUUGGAGGGGUCUUCGGGUCCUAGGGCUGGAAGAUGCUUCUAGGGAGAACGGGGUCCCCGCCUUGGGUUAGCACCCGGAGCGGCAUUCUGGGGCCAGGCCUCCACCUCGGGGCAGCCUUGGGCCCUGCAUCCUCCCAGGCGCCCAAGGAGGGAGGGUUCCUGGGGGACGACCCCCCUUCUCCCAUAUUAAACUCAUUCAUUUUGAACCCCUCCCCAAUAAAGACGCUCGUCGGCGGGCACGCACUCUGCCUAGACUCGGAAGUGAAGAGACCAAACCGGCCUCGGGAGGCCAUUUUCUUUGACCGAAGCCGAGGCCGGGGUCGACUCCUUCAACCCCACCUGGAUGGAGCUUUCCAUCUGGCCCAGCAGAGGUUUGGUCGGUAGACCGUUCUGUACUGGCCUCAGGGACCGGGAAGAAAUCGCCAAGCCUGGCGGGGGGCCGGGAUCCAGCCACUUUCACCCGAGGGUCCCCAGGGUAGGCGGGGGCCGACGUCACCGGGACUCGAACCCGCCCUCUCGUCCCCCGAGGCCUAGUCUGUGGCGGCUUCACGAAACGAACUGUCACGCUGUCCCUUUAAGGCGGCACUUUUUAUUCAUCAUUUGUUUACUUCUUCUUGCGCUCUUCGUUUUUUGAGAAUUAUAUCCACAAUAUCCCUCCGCAAAUGUCCGUUCAGGAGACAAGCUACCUGUCUUGAAGCUAUUACUGUAAAUCUUGCGAAUCCGGAGUUUGCUGCUGUGUUCAACCUCUCUUUAUGUGAUUUUAAUCCUUUUACACUUUAGGGACUACUUUUUGGGAAUAAACCAUUUUUAAGUUUUGUUAACAAAUAUUUGUGACCGCCAAAACCUCCCUCCGAGGGCAUGGUACGAUAAUAGUCUUUAAAAUACACCUUUUCUUAAAGACAUUCUGCGUGGGCUCCCGUCGGUCAUGGAAUCUUCUCAUAUUCCUGAAUCAGAAUGGUAUGGUCCAGAGCCCGCCCCGUCUUCUCUUCGAUUGGUCUUGUUUCUUUGGAGGGACGAGUAAGUCUUAGCCAAUGGGGACCCACGCUUCUUUAGCAAGGAACAAGCUAAGGCAAGCGGCAGCCUGGGGGACGCCCCCUUCGGGCCCAGGGAUUGGCUACGUCGCACGGCGCACGAGGAGGGCGGGCUUGAGAGCCGAGGACUACGCUUCCCGGCUCCCCGCCUAGGGAACUCUAUUACGCGUGCGCAUGGGCGGGGCGAACAGGCUUCUAUAUAAAAGGGGUGCAGAGGACUGGGAGGCAGCAGUUGGAAGUUGGCAGGUGGAAAAGCAGGACUGCAAACUUCAAGAGGAGAAUUUAACUAGCCAUGGCCGAGCCACUCUUGUCAGAAUAUCAACACCAGCCUCAAACUAGCAACUGUACAGGUGCUGCUGCUGUCCGUGAGGAGCAGAACCCUGACCGCCCCCCGGGCGCGGAGGAGCGGGUGCCCAAGGAGGACGGUAGGUGGCAAUCGAGAGCGUCCCCCCUGUCGGGCGGCUGUCCGGGGCUGGAGGGAGAAGGGAGCCCGGAGCCCCAGCCGCCUCCCAUGCAGACCCAGGCCUGUCCGGAAUCUAGCUGCCUGGACGCGGGCGAAAAAGGCCAGAAUGGGGACGACCUGUCCGCCGGCGGCGCCUCCCCGCCGGCGGGAGGGGAGCCGACCUCCGAGCCGCUCUCCCAGCCGGUUCCUGACCCCGAGACCAAGUUGGGGGCUCCCGCCGCUGAAGGCGAGGACGCGUGGGGACAGCAGCUGAGGCAGCUGGGCAAGAAAAAACAUAGGCGACGCCCCUCCAAGAAGAAGCGGCAUUGGAAACCGUAUUACAAGCUGACCUGGGAGGAGAAGAAAAAGUUUGACGAGAAGCAGAGCCUUCGAGCUUCGAGGAUUCGAGCUGAGAUGUUCGCCAAGGGCCAACCGGUUGCGCCCUACAACACCACGCAGUUCCUCAUGGAUGAUCACGACCAAGAGGAGCCGGAUCUCAAAACCGGCCUCUACCCCAAGCGGGCUGCGGCCAAGUCCGACGACACCAGCGAUGAGGACUUUAUGGAGGAGGCGGGCGAGGAGGACGGGGGCAGCGAUGGUAUGGGAGGUGACGGCAGCGAGUUUCUGCAGCGGGACUUCUCGGAGACUUACGAGCGGUACCACGCGGAAAGCCUGCAGAACAUGAGCAAGCAAGAGCUCAUCAAGGAGUACCUGGAGCUGGAGAAGUGCCUCUCACGCAUGGAGGACGAGAACAACCGGCUGCGGCUGGAAAGCAAGCGGCUGGGUGGCGAUGACGCGCGCGUGCGGGAGCUGGAGCUGGAGCUGGCCCGGCUGCGCGCCGAGAACCUCCAGCUGCAGACGGAGAACGAACUCCAUCGGCAGCAGGAGCGGGCGCCGCUUUCCAAGUUUGGAGACUAGACUGUAAACUUUUGGGGGGAGGGGGAAAGGGGGGACUUUUUACAGUGCUGGAAUGUAACAUUAUACACAAGUGUAUAUAAGACAGUGGACCUUUUUAUGACAUAAUCAGAAGAGAAAAUCCCCUCCGGCUUUGGUUGGUUUGGUAAAUUUAGCUAUGAUGUAGCUUUGUGUGCUUUCUUCUGUUCUUUAAUUAUGUGAAACUGAAGGGUUGCUUUUCUUGUUUUCCUUUUUAAAGUUUUUUUAAUGUGUAAUUUGACCAAAUUAUAAUGCAUUUUUCUGUUAAGAGAAAUCCCCUCAAACCGAGCUAUAAGGUGGCCAAAUCUGAGAACCAAUAAAUUCUAGUUAUAAUAAAUUUAAUAUUUGUAAAUGUAA